CAGGAGCGCAGCGCGGGGAUGGAGGCGGGAGGAACGCGCCGGACCGCAGAAGUUUGACUCCCCCGACCCAGCCGGGGGACAAGCCAUGGCCCAGGGUCCGGCAGAGGUGGGGACCCGCCGCGCUCCUGCCUCUCCCGGGGCUUCCGCAGCUUCUCCAGGCAGCGCAGGCUUCUAGGCAGACGCAGCUGGGGGAAUUGGCGGCUCGGUGCCAGCCAUCUAGGUCAGCGGCAGCCGGAGGCCUCCCGAGCGGGAAAACUGGCCGAGGUCGGCCGGACGUCAUGCCGCCCCCCUGGGCUUCCUGCCCCCCCGUUGCCGACCCCAAGUAGCGGCCGGGCAGAAGGGGCUCCUCCUGGGAAGAGGAACCGCCCAUGUUCCAGCCCGGCAUGAGCGAUGGGGCCAGCGGCUCUGGCAGACGCGGCCACAUCCUGGGCGACCCCGCCGGCCCCUUCGAGCGCCCGCGGGACAAGGAGAGCGCCAAGGGACGCGGCGGAGGCGGCGGGGACCUCAGGGACCUGGUGGCGGGGACGUCAGCUUCCAGCGGCCCUUCCCAAGAGUGCGCUUCGGAGAGUGGCAAUCAGUCCCCCGCGGGCGAAACGGAUUAUUGCCGCCGGAUCCUGGUGCGAGAUGCGAAAGGGACCAUCCGGGAGAUCGUCCUUCCCAAAGGCCUGGAUCUGGACCGGCCCAAGAGGACCCGCACGUCCUUCACCGCAGAACAGCUCUAUCGGCUGGAACUGGAAUUCCAGCGGUGCCAGUAUGUCGUGGGCAGAGAAAGGACAGAAUUAGCCAGGCAGCUCAACCUUUCGGAGACCCAGGUCAAGGUGUGGUUCCAGAACCGGCGCACCAAGCAGAAGAAGGACCAGAGCCGCGACUCGGAGAAGCGCGGCGGCCCCUCGGCCACCUCCGAGGCGUUCGCCACCUGCAACCUCUUGAGACUGCUGGAGCAGGGGAGGCUCCUCUCGGUGCCGGCGCCCCCCGCCCUGCUCCCGCCGGCUGCCCACCCCGUCGGGGCUGCUCCUCCCGGCAACGGGCCCCCUUCCCCGGGGCUGGGCAGGGCGGAGAGCCCCCGGGCCACGGGCGGCUUCAGCUUGCAGGUCUCCUCCCUGGCCGGCUCGGCCGCCUCCCCCCGCCUCCCCCCGGCCCCCCUCUGCUUCGGCAGCCCCCUCGGGGCCAGCCUGCACAAACUCCCGGCCGGCUACGGGGUGGGGCCGUCCGCCUUCGAGCCCUACACGCGCCUCGAGAGGAAAGACAGUCCGCCGCGCGGCCACAAGAACCCCGCCAGCCCUUGAAAGCGGGCCGGGGGGCGUCCGGACUCGGGGGGGGGGCUUCCUCAGGAUCGCGGCCAGCAGGAUGCGCUGAGCCGCCCAGCCAAG